AUGAAGUCUUUCUCGAGCUCUGCCAUCAAUAAGUCUGGCAAGAAAUUUGCCCCCAAGGCCCCAGUCCGACGGGCUGCUCCAGCACCCCCUCGCCGACCGAGCGUCGCGUCACAGCCGUCUGCCUCUCAUGCACCUCAGCCUGCCACUGAGACAGUAACAGCUGAAUCAGGCCCAUUGCUGCUGACCCCAGAGCCUUCUGCUUCCCUCGAGACUGCGACUGCAGAGCCAUCGUCAGUCCAGACCAAUCAUGUGAAACCGUCUCCGUCUACCGCAGCCAUCCCUAUCCCCCGUCCAAAGCGAAAAGCCUCAGUCUCUGCUGCUGCUCCGGAUGCCUCCGAUGAUGUGACCACUCCUUCUCAGCCUCCCCCGCCCCCUCAUAGCACAGCGGUUACGGAGCCCACGCCUGUGCCUCCAGCAGUGAAUGCGGCUGAGAUACCGACCCAAGACGAAAUCUCUGUUCGUGGCCUUGGGGAGCUUGAGGACCGUAAUGAUGACGUACACUCUCUAGUGCCUCAGUCAUGUCAUGUUUCCGAAGCCGCUACGGAGAUCCGGCCCUCGAAACGCUUAAAGACCACGCCGGAAACUGCAACCCCAAGUGCAGAGGCCCAGCGUUCAACGACCUCUCCUCAGAGAUUGACACCGCCUGCCACGCAGACUCCGGGAGUUGAAUCGACAACAGAAAGCCAAGAGAACACCGAAUCACAAACAACGACCGGCAAAAAACGGAAGAAUGCAAAGUCAAGGAUCAAGAAGCCGUCGAAGGAGACCAGUAGCGGGGAUGCCGAUACCAGAACAAAGCAAAGAAAACCCCGAACGCGCAAACAGCGUGAGCCGACCCCUGAAGGCUCCGAGCAAGUUGAAAUUGCCCCAGCGAUCAUCAAGAUGUCUGAAUUAUGCAAGGACCUGCGCACGGGAAAGAAAUCCAAGCGAGAAACCGAACUCCGCAAAAUUGAACAGGCCGAAUUGGAGCGCAAACAGGCGGCGCAACAGAAUGGUGCGAGCGCGGAACAAACACCAGUGAAAACAAACGAAACCGAUUACGCACCUCCGGCAGAGAACAGUAUGCCUGACAUUAAGUCCCAGUCUGGACCGGUGAUGAGGAUCGUGAAUGGAGAAAUUGUCCUCGAUACAUCGUCCCUACAAGUUGACCGGCAUGCCGAUGCGGCAAGGAACUUUGGAGACCUCGAGGAUGUGGUGGAGAAUUCAUUUACCCGCAAAGUCAACCAGGCUACAUAUGGGAAACGGUCCAAGACGGAGUCAUGGGAUGAAGACAUGACAGACUUGUUUUACAGAGGCUUACGCAUGUUUGGUACUGAUUUCAUGAUGAUCAGCAAGCUAUUCCCCGGGCGAUCGAGACGCCAGAUAAAACUAAAGUUCAACAAUGAAGAGCGCCGUGAUCCUGGACGAAUCAAAGACACCCUUCUGGGUCCCCGGGAACAGUUUGAUAUCAACACGUACUCAGAGAUGACCAACACUGUUUACGAUGACCCCAGGGUCAUCCAGAAGGAGCUAGACGAGGAGAAGAAGCGUAUUGAGGACCAGCAUGCAAAGGAGAAAAAAGCCCAUGAGGAGCUCCUUCGCAAUCCUGAUGGGGCCACCGAUGGGGCCACGGAACCUGACAAGGCUGGCACUACACAUGCUAAGGGAAAACGUCCCAAUAAGAAGCAGGCCGCCAAGGCGUCAGGCGGUGGACAGGAAGAGAUCCUGGGCACAAUUGAUGACUUUCUUUGA